CCCUUUGGUCGCUGCAUCCAAUCAUAUUCACCAUCCAUCUGCAGGCAGCGAGCUAUUCUUACAUAAUUAAAAUAAGUGUAGCGUUUCGAAAAGGCUGUAAUCAAAGCGGGAAAGGUGCUCUGAAAAAUGUCUCUGCGGGCUGAAUUUGAGAAAGUGGCAGAAGAUGUGAAGAAGGUGAAGUCCAGGCCAGAGGAUGAGGAACUGCUGGAGCUGUAUGGGCUCUACAAACAAGCCACUGUUGGAGACAUUAAUAUAGAUCGUCCUGGAAUGUUAGACAUGAAGGGUAAAGCAAAAUGGGAUGCCUGGGACGAAAGAAAAGGAAUGUCAAAGGAUGAUGCCAUGGCAGCCUACAUUGCUAAAGCAAAGGAGGUCAUUGACAAAUAUGGACUGUAAAGAAAAGUCUAACCACUGAAGUACUAUGUAGAGCACUUGUUUAAUUUGCAAGUGAAGACUAUCCUGUAUUUCUCGAACUAGGGAUAUUUUUCAAAUCAUGUUUCAACAAUGGAGUUUGUUUCAAACACACUGUUAAUUUUAGAACCUUUCAGAAAUGUACUAAACACAAAUAAAACUUUUUUAAUAUUGUCA